AAAAUAUUGAUCCUAGUGAGUUAAUUGUGUGCCACUGUAUCAUACAUCAAGAGAAUUUGUGCGCACAUUCCCUGAAUCUCAGUAAUGUAAUGUCGACCGUCGUUUCCACGAUCAAUUUUAUCAAAAGUAGAGGGCUGAAUAGCCGCCAGUUCAAGGAACUUUUGAGUGAGCUUGAGUCGGAAUAUGGAGAUCUGGUGUACCAUUGGGAGAUUCGAUGGCUGAGUCGUGGAGAGAUGGUCGCACGGUUUCACAAAUUGAGGGAAGAAGUAAAACAAUUCAUGGAUAUGAAGGGCAAGCCUGUUAAUGAACUCAGUGAUGGCAAGUGGCUGUGUGAUUUGGCAUUCAUGGUGGACAUUACCAAACACCUUUCUGAGCUGAAUGUCAAGCUCCAAGGUCCCAACCAGCUAGUCAGCGCUCGGGUCUCCAAUGUGAAAUCAUUUGAAGCUAAAUUAAAGCUGUGGCAAAUGCAACUGGUAAAGGGCAACAGCGUGCAUUUUCCUACUUUGCAAGAACAGAAGCCUGCUGUAACAUCUGAAUAUGCAGCUGAGUGCGCUAAACUCCUUCAUGCUUUCGGUGAGAGGUUUCAGGACAUGAAAAGUAAGGUAAAGGAACUCAACAUUUUUACAACGCCAUUUAAUGUGGAACCAGCUGACGUGCCUGACAACCUGCAACAUGAAAUCAUUGAGCUGCAAAGCAAUCACUGACAGACCAAAACCUGGAAAAUCAACAGCGAGUAGCAUCAUCAUCAUCGCCAUCCAACAUCGGAGGUCUAGUGAAAGAGAAGCAGUUCCAGCCA